AGGAAAAGAGAAGCAGUUGGAAAGAAGCACUGUGCUGCGAUCGUUCAGCCGUAUGGGACCUCCAUAAGCCAAUUUCCACCCUGUAAUAUUAACAAAUCGUUCAUUGCCUUAUUGUAUGGCGAGACCCUUUCGUUCUGUACACGGUUAGAUUUACGAUUGGCACCACUUUUAAAUGACAAUGGUCAGUCUAUCUUGUGUGGGAUUACUGUGCUUCCUAUGGACCUCUAAUGCUGCAUUCUCGGCCUCCGUUGGCAGCGAGGACACGGACAAUGCUGGAGAUAUAUUUCCAUGGAAAAAGAUGAGGUUGCCAGAUUUCAUAAUACCACAAUACUAUGACCUUCUUAUCCAUCCAAAUUUAACUACCCUCACUUUUACUGGUCUUACCAAGAUUAUCAUUUCUGUAAAGCAUCCGACUAAUUUCAUCAUUUUACAUAGCAAACACUUGGAUAUUACGAGAACCAGUAUAGAUCGUACAGGGGAAAGAAGCCAAGUACGCGAAGACCUAAAGCUCCUUGAAAAUCCGUCACAUGGACAAAUAGCACUUCUUACUGCUGAUCCUUUAAAACCAGGCACAAACUAUACAGUACACAUUGAAUACAAGGCUAACUUCUCACACAGCUUUCAUGGGUUUUAUAAAAGUACCUACAAAACCAAAGAUGGAGAGAUCAGAGUACUGGCAUCAACCCAGUUUGAACCAACUGCAGCUCGAAUGGCCUUCCCCUGCUUUGAUGAACCUGCAUUCAAAGCAAGAUUUUUAAUUAAGAUCCGAAGAGAACCUAAACACAACGCAUUGUCUAAUAUGCCCCUGGUAAAAACUGUGAAUAUCGGGGGAGGACUUCUAGAAGAUCAUUUUGAUGUUACAGUAAAGAUGAGCACCUACCUUGUGGCUUUCAUUGUUUCAGACUUCCAAUCAAUCAGUCAAGUGACGGAUCACGGGGUUAAGAUAUCCGUGUAUGCGGUUCCCGAGAAGAUUGAGCAAGGUACCUAUGCCUUGCAGGCUGCAGUAAAGCUCUUAGACUUCUACGAGGACUAUUUCAGCAUCCCAUAUCCAUUGCCAAAACAAGAUUUAGCAGCGAUCCCUGACUUUCAGUCUGGUGCAAUGGAAAACUGGGGUUUGACCACAUAUAGAGAAUCCUCUUUGCUCUUUGAUCCAAAGACAUCAACAGCAUCCCAAAAGCUCUGGAUUACCAUGGUGAUCGCUCAUGAGCUGGCUCACCAGUGGUUUGGCAACUUGGUAACAAUGGAAUGGUGGAAUGAUCUUUGGCUAAAUGAAGGAUUUGCCAAAUUCAUGGAGUAUAUUGCUGUGAAUAUCACGUAUCCAGAGCUGCAAGUCGAGGACACGUUCUUGGACAAAUGUUUUCAUGCCAUGGAUGUGGAUUCAUUAAAUUCAUCUCAUGCUGUUUCAACACAAGUGGAAAAAGCAGAAGAGAUUCAAGAGAUGUUUGAUGAAGUCUCAUAUAACAAGGGUGCAUGUAUUCUGAAUAUGCUAAGAGAUUACAUGGGUGCAGAAAGUUUCGAAGCUGGUAUUGUACAUUAUCUACGGCGAUACAGCUAUCGUAAUGCCAAAAAUGAAGACUUGUGGGACAGUAUGACAGAUAUUUGUCCUUCAGAGGAGACUGCUGAUGGCCAGAAGGAGAUAAGCGGAUUCUGCACAAAGAACCGGCAAAAAACUCACUGGUCUAAAGGAAACAUUCUUGAUGUGAAAUCGAUGAUGAAUACAUGGACCCUGCAGAAGGGCUUCCCACUGGUUACUGUAACACGGAAAGGGAGACACAUCGAACUGCACCAAGAACAUUAUCUGAAGGGUACAAGAGACGCUGAAUCUGCUGGAUUAUUAUGGCAUAUUCCUCUCACCUACAUCACCAGCAAAUCUAACACCAUUCAAAGAUUUCUCCUAAAAAGUAAAAAAGAUCGCAUAGUCCUUGAUGAAGAGGUGGAGUGGAUAAAGUUCAAUGUUGGCAUGAAUGGCUACUACAUUGUUCACUACGAAGGAGAUGGUUGGGAUGCGCUUAUUAAAGUCUUAAGAGACGACCACGCCGUUAUAAGCAGCAAUGAUCGAGCCAGUCUCAUCAGCACUGCCUUCCAGCUUGUAAGUAUCGGCCGACUGCCAAUUGAUAAAGCGCUCAGUCUAACCCUGUACCUGAGUAACGAGGACAAGAUUAUGCCAGUGUUCCAAGGGAUGGAUGAGCUCAUUCCAAUAUACAAACUGAUGGAAAAGAGGGAUAUGAAGGAUAUUGAAAACAAAAUGAAGGCAUACAUUCUAAACCUCUUACAUAAACUAAUUGAUGCACAAACGUGGACGGAUGAUGGCACCGUCUCUGAGAGGAUGCUGCGCAGUUCCCUGCUUGCCUUUGCGUGCGUGCGCGAGUAUCAGCCUUGUGUCCAGAAAGCCAUGGAGUACUUUAGGAAAUGGCAGGAGUCCAAUGGAACGUACAGCAUACCUCGUGAUGUCGCCCUGGCCGUUUAUGCUGUGGGAGCUCAGACACCGGACGGAUGGAACUUUUUGUUUGAAAAAUAUAAAACCUCUUUGUCCAGCAGCCAAAUGCAUCUGUUUGAAUUAGCUUUGAGUUUGACUUCAAAUAAAGAGAAGUUGCAAUGGUUGAUGGUCGAAGGCUUGAAAGGGCAACAUAUAAAAACUCAAGACCUCCCGCAUAUGGUUAUAUAUGUGAGCAGAAACCCACACGGUUUCUCACUGGCAUGGGAAUUCCUGAAGAACAACUGGGAUGCAUUUGUCCAAAAGUUUGAACUGGGCUCACGUACAGUUGGUGACAUGGUUGUUGGAGUUACAAAGAUGUAUUCAACAAGAGCGUGGCUGAAUGAGGUGAUGGGAUUUUUCGAUUCUUUGAACGAAAAAGGUUCCAAGCUCAGAUGUGUUCAGCAAGCGAAGGAGAACAUUGAAGAAAAUAUAAGAUGGAUGGAUAAAAACCUUGAACUUUUAAAAAUAUGGUUGGAGGACCAUAACUAGAUUUGUUUGAAAAUGUCAUCAUCAUCAAUAGAAUUUUUUUUAAUGUGAUUCCUGUGAUGCCAUCAUUGAUGCUGGAGUAAUGACCUGUCUCUUUAAUAGAGGCCUUUUAUCUCACAAACAGUUACAACCAAGACCUAUCAAAAAGUGAGCUAUUUAUUUA